GGUGGAGAGGCAGGAGCUGGCACGGCAGGUGAGUGAGGGGGAUGGGCAGGUGCCGGUGAGAGAAGCACUAAGGGGCAAAAGAUGGUGUGUGACCUGGAGGGCAAGGCAUGCACUUUAAGGAGGAAAAAGUGGAAUUCAUGGAGCUUAUUGUCUUGGAAGGCGGAGGGAGGGAUGGCCUCCUCUAAGAACUGCAGAUCUGCAGGAUGUCUUGGGAGACAAGAGUGCCCAGAGGGACAUGUCUGAUGAGCUGGACGUGUGGGGCAGGGGGUGUCCUAUGCACCCUCCUUGCCUGCUCCUCCCCAUCCCCCAGGCCAUUUGCAGCCCCCGGCUCCCUCUAACAUCCCCACCCCCUACCACAAAUCCUGUGUGUGUGUGGUCCAGUCUGAGCCAUCUGGAUAGAAGCAGAGGCUCCCUAAGGGCUCACUUUGAUUAAGAGGCUUUUUCUCUAGGACCAAGGGCUGAGGCUACCUAAAAGCUUUCCGCCACAGGAUCUUGCACCCAAAGGACCGUAAUCUUCCCUCUGGGCAAGUAAGAUAAACCAUGAGAAUGGUGGUGUGGGGGACCCGGGCACCACCCACUACACAGUUGCAUUAGAUGUGGUCAUUGGAGUUUCACGAGUCCUGCAUCUUCUCCCACCGUGGGCAGCAGGGUGCUAGGAGGCCCUCAUCGGCUUAGGAGGCCACUUCUGAAGCUGGGGCACCCCAGGGAGGCAGCAGUGGCCAGGAUGUCCAUGCAGAGCACCAACCCUCUGAAACCCAAGGCCCCGCAUCAGCCGCCUGGGAUCCCCAAGUCCCUGAGCUGUCAGCGGCGCCACACGCUCCCUGCCAGCGAGUUUCGCUGCCUCACUCUGGAGGACGCUGUCAGCGCCUUUGAGAUUGAGCGUGAAGCCUUCAUCUCCGUCUUGGGCAUCUGCCCCCUGUACCUGGAUGAGAUCCGGCACUUCCUGACCCUGUGUCCAGAGCUGUCCCUGGGCUGGUUCGAGGAGGGCUGCCUCGUGGCCUUCAUCAUCGGCUCGCUCUGGGACAAGGAGAGACUCAUGCAGGAGUCGUUGACGCUGCACAGGCCUGGGGGCCGCAUAGCCCACUUGCAUGUGCUGGCCGUGCACCGAGCCUUCCGGCAGCAGGGCAGGGGCCCCAUCCUGCUGUGGCGCUACCUGCACCACCUGGGCAGCCAGCCAGCCGUGCGCCGGGCUGUGCUCAUGUGCGAGGACGUGCUGGUACCCUUCUACGAGAGGUUCGGCUUCCACGCCGUGGGUCCCUGCGCCGUCAGCGUGGGCUCCCUCACCUUCACGGAGCUCCACUGCUCCCUGCGGAACCAUCCCUUCCUGCGCAGGAGCAGCGGCUGCUGAACUGGGCUGCCCACGUGAUCCCCUUCUCUGCCCUGGGUUCAUCUCAGCUUGGCUGAGCAUGGAGACAGCGGCUUCCAGAGAGUGGAGAGAGCAGGGCUAAAUAAAGAAGAGAUGGGGUGGCUUCUCGUGGCCUGA